AUGGCGGCUUACGGAGCUCUGGUUUCUCUUAUGCAUAUCAUAGAUCGCCUUGAAAAACAUCCUUCCCCUCCUAUUUCUAUCCACAAACAGCAAGUUGAAUCUCUCACUCAAAAUGUUACCUUCUUGCAGGAUUUUCUUGAUGCUUAUAUUUCCCCAGUUGUGGAUGACCAUGAAGCAGAUUCAUUGGAGCGUCGCAUUGCUGAUGCAGUUUAUGCAGCUGAGGAUGUCAUCGAAUCCCAAAUUGUGCUUCAAAUUCAUAACCGAUCCACAAUUCGUGGGAAGAUGUCCAGUUUUAUCAAAUUAUUUCGAGCUCGGUGCAAAUGCGCAGCAAAUUAUAUAAAUGCAGCUGAGGACUUCUAUCACGAUCUGCAACAAGUGAUAGAAGAAAUGAAUUCGAUCUCAACCGCAGCUGAUCAACUGCAGAGAAAGGUCUCCUCAACUCAUGCUGCCUCCUCUUCCACUGUUAUCAAGAAGGAUGUCUUGGAGAUUGUUGCCGCAGCUCAACUGCCGAGAAAGGUCUCCUCAACUCAUGCUGCCUCAUCUUCCUCUGUGAAGGAAAGCAUGAUGGUGGGCUUCAAGGAGGUGUUACUUGAAGUGCUGGAUAAGCUCACCGGAGGCCAACGCAGUCGCCAAAUCAUCCCAAUCAUGGGGAUGGGCGGCAUUGGUAAGACCACUCUUGCCCGACAUCUAUUUGAGCAUGCACUUGUUAAAGAGCAUUUUGAUAUUUGUGCUUGGACUACGAUUUCUCAAACUUAUAAUGUCAGAGAAACACUUAGAGAAGUUCUUUUCCAAGCAAGUGGGGAUUCGGGUAGUGAUCUGAAUGAGGUUGAAUUGGGAGAAAAAUUGUAUAAGUAUUUAUACGAUAGGAGGUAUCUCAUAAUGAGGUUGACUUCGCAGUUGAGAGAGUCUUAUGGCGUUGGUAUGAAAUUUCUAGAUGAGGCUAGUAGUUGGGAUUUGUUCACCAACAUUGUGUUUGGGGGAGAAAGUUUCCCUCAUGAGUUGGAGAACAUUGGAAAGAAUAUUGUAGCAAAUUGUAAAGGGCUUCCUUUAUCAAUUGCUACAAUUGGAGGUCUUUUGGCAAAAUCUGAGCGUGCAAGAGAAUAUUGGGUGCGUAUAGAGCAAAAUUUAAAUUCAAUUGUGAUUACGAAUAAUGAUGAAUUUUGCUUGAAAAUAUUGCGAUUGAGCUAUACCUAUCUGCCCAACUAUUUGAAGCCAUGUUUUUUGUAUAUGGGUGUUUUUGAGGAAGAUCGUAGAAUUCGUGUCUCAAUGCUGAAGAAGCUAUGGGUUUCUGAAGGAUUUUUGAAACCCGUGAGUGGAAAAUGUUUGGAAACAAUAGGAGAAGAGUACUUGAAGGAGUUGGUAGAUAGAAAUCUGAUUUUAGUUGAUAAGUUGGGGGAGUUUAGUGGAAAUAUAAAGUUUUGUAAGAUUCAUGAUUUGUUGAGAGACUUAUGCUUGAAAGAAGUUGAAAAAGAGAGGUUUUAUGAUAUCAUAGAAAAGUCUCCUUCAGUAAUAGACAAUGAACGCCGUCGGGUUGUUUUUCAAAAUGUUGGAAGAGGGGUAAUAAGUGAAGUCUCGAGAUCUUUGUCACGUGUUCGUUCUAUAAUAUGUGAUGACGAGGGGAAAAACUUUGUAAGGCCUCACAAUUUCAGAUUGUUGAGAACAUUCAAAGCAUAUGAUAGAGAUAGUCAUCCAUUUGGAGGUGGCAGUGUUCAUUUCCUAGGCGAUGUCUUUCAAUUGGUGAACUCACGGCACCUUGAUGUUACACUUCAUAGGAAGUCAAAAUUCCCGUCUUCAAUCAAUUUGCUUUGGAAUCUAUCUACGUUAAUAGUUCAGCACUCUACAUUGCAUGAGUCUUGGGAUAUGAUAAGAUGUAGUAGUGUUCUUCGUUGGCAUAAUAUCACUGCACCGAUUGAGAUUUGGAAAUUGCAUCAACUUAGGCAUCUCGAGUUUGUAAUAGAUGAAUUGAUUCUACCAGAUCCUCCGAGUGAGAUGGUUAUCAUGGAGAAUCUACAAACGCUCAAAGGAGUAAUGAAUUUGUAUUUGAAUGAGGAUGUGGUUCAAAGAAUUCCCAAUGUCAAGAAAUUGCAUGUAAUUUACAAAUACAAGGGUUUGAGUAAAGUGAAACAAACGGAGAGAGCAAACUCUUUUAGCUAUCUUGAGUGUCUGAGUAAAUUGGAAAACUUGUUAUGCCGCUUCCAUUAUGGAUGUGAUGAGUAUUUGCAGAGGCUUACUUUCCCACACUCUCUCAAGAAGUUGAACUUAUUUCUCUAUUAUCAUGCGGAGUUGGAAGAGAUAUUGGAAAAGAUAGGGUGGUUGCCCCUUCUUCACAAGUUAGUAUUAGAUGGCGGUACCUUCAAAACAGGCAAGUGGGACACUAUUGAGGGCCAAUUCCAGAGCCUCAAGCUACUACAAUUGAACUUCUGUCAAGGUCUAAAAAGUUGGACGAUGGCAGAGAGCUCCCACUUUCGAGUUCUGCAGGAGCUUCGUCUUCGAAGUUUGGAUGAAUUGGAGGAGAUCCCUUCCGAAGUUGGUGAGAUACAAACGCUGAAAUCAAUUUAUUUGGAAGAUUGCAGUGAAUCAGCGGUAGAGUCAGCUAAAAAGAUAGUAGAAGAACAAGAGGAUUUCCAAGGAGACCAACUAGACCUUCAUGUUCGAGCUGUGGUUCCAAAACGACACGAAAGACUGCAGAGCUUAGCAAGUCCCAACUUUGAAGUUACAGUGAGAGGUUAA